AUGCCUUUCUCCAUUAAGCAGGAGCUUAUUAGUCAAGAUGAUGAGUCUGAUGAUGCCUUGCUGAAAUUCGUCCUUUUUCUGUUUAUAAGCUUCUUUUCAACAUUGGGUGCACUCAUGUUUGUAACACUAGUGUUGGUUCUGUUUCGAUAUGCUGGCCACGCAAGGAUCUUGUUACGAAAUAAUACUCCCGGUGAAUUGGAUGAUGAAGCAAUUGAGAAUAAUAACAUCGACGAAGAAGGAUUUGCUCAUCUAAGUGAACCCGCAAAAGAACGAUUUUUGCAGGCUCGCGAUUUUGAGAUGAGUGCUGCUCAAUCCCGCAUCAAUACCGAUGCGAAAUUAAUUGAUUUUUUGCAAGUUCAGGAAAAAGGGGUGUUUGCGUGGCACUUUAUGCCCAAUUUGGACUUGGGUGCUUAUGCAACCAACCGGACGGAACUUUCUUUCACUAAAAACGAAGAAUGUUGUCUUCAAACAAAUCUCCCAUUGCAACGAAUCAACGAAGUAUAUUAUUGGGAAGCUAAGUUGUUGGAAGUCGACGAAAAUACUACAAUCUCUAUAGGAUUGACUACGAAACCGUAUCCGCCCUUUCGCAUGCCAGGUUGGAAUUUCUGGUCGCUGGCGUAUAUCUCUGACGGAACACGAAGAUGCAAUUCGGCUUUUACGAGCAAGUCGUAUGCAUCUUUUUAUCAAAAGGGAGACGUAAUUGGAGUGGCUUAUAAACCAAAGGCGAAUAGAGUGUUUUUUACAAGAAAUGGCCGCCGCUGUGCUGAAUUGCCGUGCACAUAUCGAAACGUGUAUCCGACAGUGGGUGCAACAGGUCCAUGUGUUGUGCAUGUCAAUCUUGGUCAGGCUGGAUAUGUCUUUAUCGAAGCAAACAUUAAAAAGUGGAGAUUGGCUCCUCCGGUAGGAAGUUUAGCACCACCUCCUUCGUACUCUACACCGCAACCAACCGUAAAUUGGGACACAAUCAGUGAAUCAUCUGCUCAAACGGUCACACAAACAGAUGUAAAUCCUCCGCAAAAUCCGCAAUUUAAUUCUUCUGGUAAUAUUAGUGGGUCACUUUCUUCAUAUAAUACAGCUGUACAAGGGUUUCCUUCUUCCUCUUAUGCCCAAUCUUAUCCCAUGCAUUCGAUGCCUGCACGCGACAAAUCUGAAGAUGAACAGCAAUAA